AUGACUAAACUGCAAGUUUUAGCCGCAGCUUUUCUUCUCUCGGCACAACUGGUGGCAUCGGAAGAUGAGCCGAAUUUUAAAAUGUACUAUCUCGGGUUCGACAAGUGGGACAAUCCGGAAACGGCCCUAGGUUUCAACCAGACCGUCGAAAAGACCUCAGAUAUGGGUUUCAAGGUGUCGGGCAACGCGCAGGUGCUAGUCGAUAUGGACGACAGUUACGCCGUUAAAAUGGAGCUCGAUGCGGCCAAAGUGGGUCAAAACUAUUCGUAUAGCACUACAUUGUUCGAAAAUCAGAAAACAAUCUGUGAGUUCUUGAGAACCAGCUACAGGAACUACUUUUACGAUGUGGCGAAGGACGACGCGACCGGAAAAAUUCCGGAAUACGACAAAUGUCCACUUCCGGCUGGCGACUACUGGAUCAAGGAUUUCGAAUUCGACGGGGAGAAGUAUAAACAGUUGCUGCGCGAGGGAUCUUUCUGGUCUCAUUUAUACCUAACCAAAAAUGGGUUCCCGAUGUCCGGAUUGACUUGGCAUUGGGAAAUUCGUUUGGACUAAGAUGGAGGAUGUUAAGAAUAACUGACGCUUUCUAAUUUGGCUUUAUUUCGGAAAUAUAUUUUUAUUUUUCAUA